AUGACUACAGAUCUAGAUCACGCCGUCUCUUCCGCCAUCUCGGCAUCUGAUCCACCGUUGAAUACUCGGGAAACGCGUCUCGUUCGUGAAUCGCGUUUGGCCCCCUCAUUACUCUUGUCCUCCCCGCCGUCAGGAGACUCGAGUCCCUCGACCACGGGAUCGCCUAGUCAAAGAACCUCUCCCCGAAGCAUCACCCUCGAGCCGCCGCCACUCCCAUUCCUAUCCUCAUACUGUGCGGCCGAAGAAUCUCGGGCCUCAUCACCGGUCAAUCGCAAGGCGGAAAGCAGCAUCUACUACACUACUGAGUGGGGAUCUCCGUAUGCAGCACCCAGCACUCGGAGACUAUCAGAGAGCCAUAGUCAACUUGAACUCGCAGACGUCGACCCCGGAUCUGGUCCUAGCUCUCCAGUCUCAUCGGUAGCCAACCUCACCGAGUUCCGAAGAUCGAGUGCUGCCAACGACAACGACGACACGCUCGAGCCCGUGGAUCGUGAUUUCGCCCCUGAGAGCGGAGAUAAAUCGAUACGGGACUUUACACAAGAUUGGAUCAAUCAGUAUCUUACCGGACAACCUCGAACUGAGCGCAGCAAUUGGCUUAGCGACGAUUCGGGAAGUGAAGCGCCAUCAUUCAUCACUGCUAGGAACCACUUUGCCGACGACGCCUCGGACGACUGGCUUGGUCUGGAGGACGAUUUUCGUUCCGAAGAACUGCUGAAAACUCCAACGCUCUCUGAUUUUGCCGGGAAGAAAGCUGCAGCGCGUGCCAAAGUCAACAAGGCCUUGCAUAAGCGCGCCGGGACCCUGCGUCAGGAAGACUUUUGGGGGUUUGCCUACGAUAGAGAUCCACCACAAAACAACAUGUCAGAUAUAACCACACAACCUGCCAUCGAGGUGGCCUCGCCGGCAGACAAGCCAUUACCUCCUCCACCGGCGAACGCGACAGGGGAUGGUCCAAAAUUGGAAGACCCGUUCAAUCCGGUUCCCUUACAAACACAGCUCUCUGAUGUUAACAGAUCAGUCGCUCAAACGCCACGGAGAAGGAAAAAGCUGAAUUGGCGUGGAAAAGCCUGCAUUAUCGAGCUGCCACAUGCUGAUAAAAGAGGCUUAGAACCGGGGUAUCGGCUGCUAAAACCAGCUGAUGUUCAACAGCGAAUGCAAAAAUGGGAGGACGAAGGAUAUGAUGUUCGCGGAUUCACCGUUGGCGAUUCCGAGGACCCCUGCAUAAUGGCAACUCUGGGGGGUCUUAGCCGACCUCUGUAUCCUGAUCCAUAUGAGCUCCAUGAGAUAUCGAAAGACCAGCCCUUUGUCGUCAACUUCCCAGACAGGGCCAAGUGGGAGGCUUAUAUCAUUGAGCUCCAAGAAGAAAAAUUAAGAGCUCUUGGGGUAUCCUUUGGCAACGAUGAGCCCGAACAAUCCAUUUCGCCUGACUAUUCGCUCAAUCCCAGCGGUACACCUUUCCCGGGUCUUGUUGCGUCCCCGCCGAUUCCUACUGCGUCUGCAGCAAGCAACCCUCUCGGUCACAUUCAUCCAUUCUCACCUCACUUCAACCAACCCUCAAUGCCAGCGCCUGGUGCUUUGGGUUCGUUGGCUUCACCUGCUUCGCAAUUUGGUAUGCAAUCGCCAUUCGUAGGAGUGGAGCAGAAUAUGAUGGGUGGGUUCCCAUUCCAAUUCCAGCCCACGCCUCCUGCUCAGGGAUCUAUGACUCCUCAAGGCUUUGUCAAUCCCCGUCAGGCAACUUCUUCCGCAGGCCCGGGAGCAAUGAGUAACUUCUCGUCCAUGCUAUCGCCAGUGUCUCCACUGCAUGAACAAGGAUCCUUCCAUCCUGGAUUCAAUGACAAGGGUGUUUUCGAUGAUCAAUUCGGGCAUGGUAUGCACCAAGAAGGUCUGCCAUACCAGGCUCCCCAGACCCCUGUCAACGGACACCCAGAUCAUUUCCAUGCAUCGAAUGUUGAGAUUGCGCACCCUACACCUCGUGGUCAUGGUCACAAUCUGAGUGAAACACUGCAAAGAGGACUGGAUCAAAUGACACAUACCGAUUAUCAUCUCGAGGAUUCAAUCGACCGACAAUUGGAAGAUGACUAUCGUGAUGUCAACCACGCAGGUCCGAAUGCUGGCAUGCUGAAGUCGCGCUGGGGACUACCAGACAAUGAACACCACACAUCGAACGCGUCUGGUCACCCACCUCAUCCCUUCAUUCAACACCAGCUUCCCCAUCAGUUCUAUGGAGACCAAUACCAACAGGAUCAUGGCCAUGAUGGCUCUGAUCUCGAUACAAACCCCAGUAUUGCUGGUACACCUCAAACUCGCCAGGGGCCGUGGCACGAGACCCACCCUAGUGGCCACUCUUACCGUGGAGGUCAUCAACCGCAGCUCUCAAUUUCAUCACUCAACGUGGCAGCCAAGGAAUUCGACCCUACUGGUUCAUUCAAUCCUCAGCCUGUGCCAUUCGGUAACGACCCGUUCCAAUUCCGCGGCAGGGGUGAUCAAGGAUUAGGUUUCGUGGGACCUCCCACAUUCGCGCCGGGUAGCAGUGUUAAUGGCUCAAUGGAUCACAAUCAAAAUCACAAGACCAGUGACAGUGGUGCCUUCAAGUUCUCUGCUGCAUCAUUCAAUGUUGAUGCGCCUGUCUUUAACCCCACUGUCAGCCUCAACUCGAAUGCCAGCUCUGUGCAGCCUUCGGCUAGUCGUACCAAGAUCUUCGGCGAUAUUGACAUCAACGAGAUCUCCAAACCUGCCAAGAAGUCCAAGGCUAUUCCUAUCGUGCGGCCCGAUGAAGUCGAACAAGAAAACCAUGACAACAAGCAGAAGGGCAUCGAGGAUGAAAUCACCAGUCAACCUAUCACUACAGACCGUCAUAAGCGUGCGCGUCGCGGUAUCGGCCAUGCUGAGGGAGAGGCCAGAUAUAGUAUCUCAACGCAUCCUCUGGGCGAAGCGGGCAAUGGCCAAGCUUCGAGUGCGCUUCAUGCUGUCGCUGAGGGCAAGGAAAAUGCCGACCCUGAGGAUAAAAGCCCAAUAGAACGGACAGGCACCCCUCCCAGCGAAGCUGACACUUGGACUUUGUUCGAUGCGAAGCGUGAGGCCGAGAAGAGGUCGCGACCUGGCUCGCCAGUCCAGGAAGAGAACUCCAAGGAUAUUGUUAUUGAAGAACGCGAACCAAAGGAGCCUGUCGCCGGGGAUGAUACGUCUGUCACCGUCUCAACGGCUGUCGACCAUGCACCUCAUGGAUCCCAAAGCUCGGUUAAGAGCACGAGGCUGUCCGCUACUGCCCAAACCUUUGAUUUCAAACCCGCAGUUUCAGAAUUUGUUCCUACAGCAUCCAACUUCGGUGCGCCAAAGCCGACAGAAGAGCAAACUAUCGAAGAGGUGUCUAUCCAAACUCCUGCUAAGAGUCCUGCGGAAAACAAACUCACACAAGCUGGACUUAUGGCUUCUCGCUUUGCUGCUGCAAGCCCACCAAACAUGGAAUCUUCUGCAGUUCACGACGCUCAAUCCGAGGCCAAUACCCCCACCCGCAAGCCAGCACAAAUCAUCACUACUCAGUCUCAUGAUUAUGCCGCCCAGUGGGACUCCGAGAACGACUCGCCUGACGACGAGGAGCUUAACGCGAUCAUGGAGCAGCUUAAUGAUGAUGAUGCAGAUGUCGGCAUCGAACGGCACGCGACACCUUUCCAGACGAUUCACGCAACACCCUUCCAGCUACGGCAUGAUCACUUCACGGAGUCAAUGGGCGGCCCUACAAAGGAACAACGGUUUGGUUCUGCGGAGGCCCGAAGCGAAGCACCCAGCCCGAGCCCCGGUGGUGUUCCCAAGACCUACAAACUUAGCAUUCCCAGGCUUGGAUCGGACAUUGAUGCCAACAGCAAUGCUACCUUCUCCCCACAAAAGAGCCUUAUCUCUCGUCUUCACUCUCCAGUCCGCCAGCUCAUUGCUGAGGAUGACCAUAUCAGCGACUGGGACGACAUGAUCUCCGCAGGCGAAGACGAGAAGUUCAUGAACCGGAACCGCUUCUUCGACCGUCGCAUCAACGAUCUUGUUGGGUCUGCCAUCGAUGAUCGAUUGGGCCCAAUGGAGCGUGCUUUGGCUGUUAUCCAACAGUCAGUGGCUUCCAUCGCCUCUGGUACUGCAAGCAGAAGAGUCUUCCGCAGCACAUCUGCCGAGAUGGAAGACAGCGAUGCUGAUGAUGAGGAUGAUGGCGAUGCCGAAGAUUCUUCGGUUCGAGAUCGCUCGCCUCACAACAUGAGAGAACGCAAGUUGGAGAUGCUCAAAAAUGUUGUUAUGGAAGCUUUGGUUACCCAUGACAUGCCUCAACGCGUUGCCCCACACUCUAGUCACAGCGAAAUGUCGCAACUUAAGGAGAGCAUCGCUGAACUGCAGGCUAUGACGAUCAAGAAGCUCGCUCAGGACCCUGUCGGUGAUAUGCGUGAGAUUCUUGAGGAACUCAUGGCCAAACAGUUGGCUCAGCAGAUCGCCGCACAGCCGCCGACACCGCGUCUUUCAGAGGCCGAAGAGAUCGGCGCCGACAGCCUGAUGCUCCAGAUCGAUGGCCUCAAGAGCAUGUUGCGAGUUGCCGAUGAGCGUGCCGAGCAGGAGUAUAAGGAUCGUCGCGAUGCACAAGAUUCUGUGACUGAACUCCAGCGGCUCCUGAAGUUCGCCGAAGAAGAUGCCGCUCGUCAUAGCGCUGCUGCUGAGGAUGCAGAAUCCCGUCUCCUUCAGUUCAAGGAAGAGAAAAUCCCCUACUUCGAGAAGAUGCAGUUCCGCACGGAGUCUCUUGAGGAAGAAAGCGAGACUCUCAAAGUUACUAUUGCCGAGCUGUCUACAAAGAACAUUGCGCUCGAGGGUACCCUUGAUGAGUAUCGUGUUUCCAGCGAUAGCUUCCGCCGUCAACUCGAAACCACAAAGGGCGAGAACAAGUCUCUUCACGAGACUAUUGAUCAUCUGAGAACUCGCAUUGAGGACAACAUGAUCUCGCGCCAGAAUCUCACUGAGAAGUUUGAUCGUCUUCAGGAUGACAUGCUCAGCGUCACCGCUGAUAUCACGCGCGAUCAGUCUUCCUGGCGCAAGAAGGAAGAAGAACAAGCUGCCAGGUUUAACGAGCUGCGCGCGGCCCACUCGCGCGAGCUCCAAUUGCGUCAGAAGCUCGAGGAGGAUGUCCGUGAGUUUGAGAAGCGCGAUCGCGAAGCCACAAGGCUGAAGUUCAUCCAAGAGCAAUCUGAACAAGAAAAUGGGCGACUAGAGGAGCUGGUCGCAACUCUCCGGGAAGAGAACCGUGACCUGCAAAUCAAGGCUGCCCGCUUCGAGCGCGAGUUUACGGAAGCCCGUGAGAGCAGCCGUGUCGAGAUCCAGCGCACUCGCUGCUCGAUGGAGGCCGACCUCGAUGCUGCAAAUAGCCAGGUCAACAUCGUUCGUGCUGAACUGGAGGCCCAGAUCAUUCGUCUACAAACUCAGCUCGACAACAACCGCAUGGAUACCGAUACCUCCCGAGAGCGCUACGAGCUUCUUCUUGAGGAAGCUAGGGACUCAAAAUCCACCGCACUGGCUGCUAAGGAUCUUGCUAUCGAUGAGAACCGCAAGAUGCACGAGCGCGUCCUCAAUGAUUUGCGUGAGCGCCACGCUCGCGCCUUGCACAAUUCUUCUGAAGAUCGCGCACGUGGCGAGAGCCACCAUAUGGAACGCAUCGCUCUGUCUGAAGACAAGGCCAAACACCUGCAAGAGCGUGUGAGCCACCUCGAGGAGAGGCUUGAGAUCGCUCAAUCCGCUGCCCGUGCUGCUGCCGAAGCAGCCCACAGUGCCAAGGCGAACAGCAAGUCAACAUCUGUCCCAGAUGCUGAACUUUCGCACUCGAGCUCGACGCCGUCGAUGUCCUUCAGCAAGGGAUCUGCAGAGCCCGAGCGGAUCUCACCCCAAGCCCUGCGGGAGUCGAUCUUCGUCCUCCAAGACCAGCUUCAGCAGCGUGAGACACGCAUCGAGGAGCUCGAACUAGAAGUCUCUGCGAUAGACAAGGAUGCGCCAAACAAGCUCAAGGAGAAGGACACCGAGAUCACCUGGCUACGGGAACUCCUCGGCGUGCGCAUUGACGACCUACAAGACAUCAUCCAGACCGUAUCCAAGCCCUCCUUCAACCAGCAGGCCGUCCGUGACGCGGCUAUCCGCCUCAAAGCCAAUCUCCAAAUGCAGCAGCAAGAGAAGGAACGCCUGGCCUCCGGCAACCUCCCCUCCCUCUCCGAUCUCGCCGCUUCACCCCGCUCCCUCCCCCUCGCUGCCGCCGCAGCCUGGGGAAACUGGCGCAAAGCACGUGAAUCCGCCGCCAACAAUAGCUCCGACCAGACCCCAUCGAAGCCCAGCAACGCAAGUACCUUCCUGUCCGGCCUCCUGACGCCGCCAAGCUCCCACCUCCGAGAAAACGGCGGUGGCCCGCAGAUGAGUGCCGCCGCGCGGUUCGCGCAAACUCGCCCCCUGAGAGGCUUCAACUCGACUCCACGACGUGGCUCGGUUCGCAGCCAGGCUCCUAUUGCUGAACCGCCCAAGACCCCACCCCUUCUUCGUCGCUCGAGUUAUGAUCAUGAUGCCGAGCCGACAAAUUAUGAGGACGGGAACUUCGCGGAUGAGAACGAGAGCACUGUUGAUGGGAUGGUUUCGGCUUCGCCGAAGGAGAGGGACUAUGACGGUCCAUUUGGUCCUCACAUUGAGGAUGCGGAUGCGGAAGAAGUGGAAGCUAUCCUCGACGCUGACGUCUCAUCCUCAGACGAAGCAUCGACCGAGGAGGAGUGA